GGGGGGUCGGUGUGGGGUAGAAUGGCCGCUGCCGCCGUCACCCGCGGGACCCCGGGAGGUAGAGCAACCCAGUCUCCCACCUCCUGGAUUAGCCUGGGUCUUCUGCUAUGACCUUGUUCUCUCCCUUCCCAGCACAGACUCCCCCUCCCCCCGGCCCCUCAGGCCGGGGGUGACCUUGCCCCCUGGAGCCCUCACUAUGAAUACCAAGGACACCACCGAGGUUGCUGAGAACAGCCACCACCUGAAGAUCUUCCUCCCCAAGAAGCUGUUGGAGUGUCUUCCUCGCUGUCCACUGUUGCCUCCAGAGCGGCUUCGGUGGAAUACAAAUGAGGAGAUUGCAUCCUACUUGAUCACCUUUGAGAAGCAUGAUGAAUGGCUUUCUUGUGCUCCAAAGACAAGGCCUCAGAAUGGUUCCAUUAUCCUCUACAAUCGCAAGAAGGUGAAAUACCGGAAGGAUGGCUACCUCUGGAAGAAACGGAAAGAUGGAAAAACCACCCGAGAGGAUCAUAUGAAGCUGAAGGUCCAAGGCAUGGAGCCUGUCUCCUGGCAGUGUCUCUAUGGCUGCUACGUUCACUCUUCCAUCGUCCCAACAUUCCAUCGGCGCUGCUACUGGCUGCUCCAGAACCCUGACAUCGUCCUCGUGCACUACCUGAAUGUCCCAGCCCUGGAGGAUUGUGGAAAGGGCUGCAGCCCCAUCUUUUGUUCCGUCAGCAGCGACCGUCGUGAAUGGCUGAAGUGGUCCCGAGAGGAGCUGUUGGGACAGCUGAAGCCCAUGUUUCAUGGCAUCAAAUGGAGCUACGGGAACGGGACAGAGGAGUUCUCUGUGGAGCAGCUGGUGCAGCAGAUCCUGGACACUCACCAGACCAAGCCUGCACCCCGAACCCAUGCCUGUCUUUGCAGUGGGGGCCUUGGUUCAGGUAGUCUUACCCACAAAUGCAGCAGCACGAAACACCGCAUCAUCUCUCCGAAAGUGGAGCCCCGAGCUUUGACCCUGACCUCUAUCCCUCGUCCCCACCCCCCAGACCCCCCUCCAUUGAUAGCCCCACUUCCCCCAGAGCUGCCCAAGGCACAUACCUCCCCCUCUUCAUCCUCUUCUUCGUCCUCUUCAGGGUUUGCAGAACCCCUAGAGAUCAGGCCUAGCCCUCCCACCUCGAGAGGAGGUCUGUCGAGAGGAGGCACCGCUAUCCUCCUCCUGACUGGACUGGACCAGAGGCCUGGCUGCUUGACGCCCACCAGGCACUUGGCUCCUCAAGCCGACCCCCAGCCCUCCAUGAGCUUGACUGUGGUUGUAGGCUCGGAGUCAUCUGCCCCGCCAGAUCCUCCGAGUCCUGCCUUUGAUCCUGAUCGUUUUCUCAACAGCCCCCAGAGGGGCCAGACCUAUGGAGGGGGCCAGGGGGUGAGUCCAGACUUCCCUGGGGCAGAGGCAGCCCAUACCCCUUGUCCAGCCCUAGAGCCCGCUGCGGCCCUGGAGCCCCCGGUGUCUGCUCCGGGGCCUUCUCCACAGUCAGGAGCAGGUGGAAGAGGAAGUUGCUUUUUCAUUCAAGAUGAUGACAGUGGGGAGGAGCUCAAGACCCAGGGGGCCACCCCACCGGUACCUUCACCUCCUCCAUCACCCCCACCCUCACCUGCCCCACUGGAGUCAUCAGGCAGGGUAGGAAGAGGGGAAGCCUUGUUUGGAGGACCUGGUGGAGCCAACGAACUGGAGCCCUUCAGUCUUUCAUCAUUCCCAGACCUUAUGGGAGAACUCAUCAGUGACGAAACCCCAAACCUCCCUGCCCCAACCUCCCAGCUCCCUUCUGCCCUUAGCACCAUCACAGACUUCUCCCCAGAGUGGUCCUACCCAGAGGGUGGGGUCAAGGUGCUCAUCACAGGUCCUUGGACGGAAGCUGCUGAACACUACUCCUGUGUCUUUGACCACAUCGCAGUGCCAGCCUCACUUGUUCAGCCGGGUGUCUUACGCUGCUAUUGUCCCGCCCAUGAGGUCGGGCUGGUUUCUUUGCAGGUGUCAGGGCGAGAGGGCCCCCUUUCUGCUUCUGUGCUUUUUGAGUAUCGAGCCCGUCGGUUCCUGUCACUGCCCAGUACUCAGCUUGACUGGUUAUCACUGGAUGACAACCAGUUCCGCAUGUCCAUACUCGAGCGACUGGAGCAGAUGGAGAAGCGGAUGGCAGAGAUUGCAGCAGCUGGGCAGACGCCUUGCCACGGUCCUGAAGCACCUCCAAUUCAGGAUGAAGGCCAAGGGCCCGGGUUCGAGGCACGGGUGGUAGUCUUGGUAGAGAGCAUGAUCCCACGCUCCACCUGGAGGGGUCCUGAACGUCUGGCCCACGGAAGCCCCUUCCGGGGCAUGAGCCUUCUACACCUGGCUGCUGCCCAGGGCUAUGCCCGCCUCAUCGAGACCCUGAGCCAGUGGCGGAGCGUGAAGACCCGAAGUUUGGACUUAGAGCAAGAGGUUGACCCUCUCAAUGUGGAUCAUUUCUCUUGUACCCCUCUGAUGUGGGCCUGUGCCCUGGGACACCUGGAAGCUGCUGUGCUCCUUUUUCGAUGGAACCGACAGGCACUGAAUAUUCCCGACUCUCUGGGCCGUCUCCCCUUGUCUGUGGCUCAUUCCCGGGGUCAUGUGCGCCUCGCCCGCUGCCUGGAGGAGCUGCAGAGACAGGAAGCUUCAGCCGAGCCCCAACUUGCCCUGUCACCACCUUCUUCCAGCCCAGAUACUGGUCUGAGCAGUGUCUCCUCACCCUCAGAGCUGUCAGAUGGCACUUUCUCUGUCACAUCAGCCUAUUCUAGUGCUCCAGAUGGGAGUCCUCCCCCUGCUCUACUACCAGCCUCUGAGAUUACUAUGGAAGAGAUGGCCCCAGGCCACCUGUCCUCUUGCACCCAGGAGGCCCCCCUCAACCUCAUGGACUAUGAAACCGCAAACUCCAGAGAGCUUCCACCCUCAUCACCUCCUCUCCCAGAUGGUGGGGCUACCCCAGAGGAAGCUGACCAUCCAUCAGCUGUGGAUGUGAUCCCGGUGGAUAUGAUUUCACUCGCCAAGCAGAUCAUCGAGGCCACACCAGAGCGGAUUAAACGAGAGGACUUUGUGAGGCUGCCUGAGGCUGGAGCCCCAGUGCGGGAACGAACAGGGACCCUGGGGCUCAGUGAGACCAUGUCCUGGCUGGCCAGCUACCUAGAGAAUGUGGACCAUUUCCCCAGCUCAGCCUCUCCCAGUGAACUGUCCUUUGAGCGGGGCCGCCUGGCGAUCCCUCCAGCACCUUCCUGGGCAGAGUUUCUCUCUGCCUCUACCAGUGGCAAGAUGGAAAAUGAUUUUGCCUUGCUGACACUGUCAGAUCACGAGCAGCGGGAACUGUAUGAAGCAGCUCGAGUCAUCCAGACUGCCUUCCGGAAGUACAAGGGCCGGAGGUUGAAGGAGCAGCAGGAGGUAGCAGCAGCUGUGAUCCAGCGCUGUUACCGGAAGUACAAGCAGCUGACCUGGAUUGCACUUAAGUUUGCACUGUAUAAGAAGAUGACCCAGGCGGCCAUCUUGAUCCAGAGCAAGUUCCGAAGCUACUAUGAACAGAAGCGGUUUCAGCAGAGCCGCAGGGCGGCUGUGCUCAUCCAGCAGCACUACCGUUCCUACCGCAGGCGGCCUGGGCCUUCGCAUAGGCCCACAGGCAACCUGCCUUCCCGAAACAAAGGCUCCUUUCUCACCAAAAAGCAGGAUCAGGCGGCCAGGAAGAUCAUGAGAUUCCUGCGGCGCUGUAGACACAGGAUGAGGGAACUGAAACAGAACCAGGAGCUGGACGGACUUCCCCAACCUGGACUGGCCACCUGACCUUUCCGUCGCCUUUCUCGCCACCCAAGGGGGCCGCUUCAUGCAGUCUUAACAGGGAGAGGGCUUUAGGGGGAGGAGGAGCCCCCUGUUGGCAGCUUUACCACUUUUUUGGAGCCCUUCUUAGGUCUCCUCCCUCUCCGAAGUGCUGAACCCCAAUCCUCCCCUUCUCUUCCCCACUUCUGUUUCCUCUAGGUCGAGCCCACUCUUUUGGUCCCUGGCUGCGGAAGACCCAUGCCCCACAUGCUUGCAUCUUCAGCUGUGACCCACGCAGCAAUCCCUGCCUGCACCCGACAGGGCCCCUUCCUAACUUGCCUUAUUUAUUUGUUCGACGCGUCUCUGAAUGUAUCUGCCUCGGGCCCCGCCUCUGCCUUCGCCGCGCGCCCCUCGUGUUUCAGGGCUAACGGUGCCCCAGCCCCUCCUCCGCAUGUUUGCGUCUGUUUCCUCCGUUUCUGCCCAUGUCUUCCCCCAUCACCCCGACUCUGACUACGUGUCUUGGGGCCGAAGUGUGUGGGGGAGGGUGUAUAUAGGCACGCGCUGCGGAGUGCCGCCCCUGUCCCCCGGGGGGAAGGGGCUUGUACAUAAUGUAACAUACAGAAUCUAGUGAAGAAUCUAUUAAAGGCGCCGCGGGGAGGGUGCACGGCCGGGCUUGUGUUCUCAGGCGCGGCUCCUCCCGGCCCCACUAGCACUUUCUACUUGUGCACGGGCUUGAUUUCUACGAACUGCCAUUAAAUACCGCUACACCAACCA